AUGUUUGAUCCUGAGUCUUUACCUUACUAUAAUCCUGAGACUGAGAGGAAAGUUGCGGUAGUUACAGGUGGUAACAGUGGCAUAGGAUGGUAUACGGUGCUUCAUCUAUACAUGCAUGGUUUUACCGUUUAUAUAUUUGGUAGAAAUUCUAAUAAAGUUAACAAAGCCAUUGAUGAAAUUAUAAAACAAGCCAAGAAACGUUUUAAGCAUUUUAAAAAGGAAGAGAAUGAUGAGAAAACUAAAGAACGUUAUUUGGGUAAUAUCUAUUAUGUUCAUAUGGACCUGACUGAUUUAAAAUCAGUCGAAAGAGCUUGUAAAAAAUUUUCUAAAGUUGAAACUAAAUUAGAUGUAUUGGUUAAUAACGCUGCAGUGAUGGCAUUACCAUUUGAAAUGACUAAAGAUGGGUUUGAAAUUCAAUUACAAACUAAUUAUGUUUCACCAUUUUUAUUAUCGCUGAGGUUGCUUCCCUUAAUCGAGGCUGCAAACGGUAGAUUGGUAACUCUCUCAUCGUUAGGUCAUAACUUACAACAAGUGCAUUGGUCUCUUGACCAAAAUUUCAAUUACAAACCGAACAUGAUAUUUACAUGGUUUAGGUAUGCGAUGGCAAAGACAUCGGUGAUUCAAUUCACGAAGAUGAUGGCAAUUAAGUAUCCGAAUGUUUUAUGUCUAUCGAUUCAUCCAGGGUUGGUGAUGAACACGAAUCUAUUCAGUUAUUGGACAAGAUUACCUAUAGUUGGUAUGUUCUUUUGGAUGUUAUUUCAAUUAGUAGGGUAUUUCUUUGGGGUCUCGAAUGAAGAAGGCUCUCUGGCGACGAUCAAAUGUGCAUUGUCGCCAGAAUUGACCCUUGAUAAAGACAAUGGUAAGUAUUUUAGUACAGGAGGUGUUGAGACGAAGCCUAGUCAUAUAGCAAAUAAUCUAGACAAUGCAGCGUCGACUUGGAUAUGGACAAUCCAUGAAUUAAGAGAUCGUGGGUUCGACGUUUAA